CGCAACUAAUUGAGAGGAAGAGAGAAAGCACUUGCUAUCAUCUGCCAUGGCGGGUUUUAUCUCUUGGCUGACUAUGACCGCGUUCGCUAUUGUAUUUUUCGUUCUAAUUCAUGGAGAAAGAGGUACAGCUACGAUCGCAGAACCUAAAGCACCGAAUUUUCAAUAUUUUGAGCGGCCAAGAUAUCGCUAUCCUUAUUACGACGAAAACGGCAAGGGAAAGUUGCUAUAUGGCUAUGGUGGACCAGAGCUGUAUCAAUAUAAAACAUAUAGUCCUCUCGAAGGAAUUCAUUAAUGUAAUUUUGAAGGAAUUGAUUGGUAUCAUUUCUUUCUUGUAGAAAUUCAUUAAUUGAUAAAACCUUUUUUUUUAUUAAAUCAAAAGAUUAAAUCAAAUUAACAAUAAUCAAAAAAUAACUUCAUUGUCUAAUCAAAAGAUUAAAACUCGAAAUAAAAUGUAUAUAUGUGAAAUAUAUUAAACAUUUAAAAAAAUUAUUAAUAUCGAUAUGUUCCCCUCAUAGAAAGUCGGUUCGGAUAUAUCUAUACAUAAUAUAAUACACACGAGUAUUCUAAGAGAAAUUCAAACUACUUAAUCUAAAUAUUUCGAAAACUAAGCAUUAUAUUGAAAAUGUUUUAGAAAAGGUAAUGAAUU